UUAAGGGUGUCGCGCUGGACUUCUUUACGGGUGGAGGCUGGCUUGACCGCGGAACUUUGAGCACGGUGCCCAGAAUUCUUUUUCGAGUCGACACAACAUUCGCCACCGGAUCGUGUACUUGACUUGUACCAUCGAUAAUGGCUGAACAAGCAAGCUUUGUUGAUACCACCGUUCACCUGGAUGUUAAGGAUUAUUAUGGAAAGACAUUGCAGAAAACGUCAGAUAUAAAGAGUAAUGUCUGUGUGGCUCCAACGGAGCCCCUCCCAAAAUUCAUCCUCCAGGCUCUGAAGAAAGUCCAUCCUGAUGUGACUGACAGAUACUAUGGUUGUGGUCUGGCUGUGCCAGAGUGUUUGGAGGGCUGCAGGAUUCUGGACUUGGGCUGCGGGAGUGGCAGAGACUGCUACAUGCUCAGUCAACUAGUGGGAGAGGCUGGCCAUGUCACUGGCAUCGACAUGACUGAGGAUCAGCUUGAAGUGGCCAGGAAACAUGUGGACUUUCACAUGAAGGAGUUUGGCUACAGGAAGCCCAAUGUGACUUUUGUCCAGGGCUACAUCGAGGCCUUAACGGAGGCGGCUCUGGAAAAGAACUCUUUUGAUAUCAUCAUCUCCAACUGUGUGGUGAAUCUUUCUCCAGACAAGAAGCAAGUCCUUGCUGAAGCUUUCAGCGUGCUCAAGGAGGGUGGUGAGUUAUUUUUCAGUGACAUGUACAGCAAUGGAAGACAAACUGAGGAAAUUAAAAACAACAAAGUUCUUUGGGGUGAGGGUUUUGGUGGUGCGCUAUGGUACAAAGAUCUGCUACAGUUGGCUGAGGAAGUAGGAUUCAGACCCCCGAGGCUUGUCAAAGCCAAUGUUAUUGCUGUUGACAACAAAGAAAUGCAAGCCAUUCUGGGUGACUUCAAGUUUGUCUCUGCCACAUACCGUCUGUUUAAGUUACCAAAGGGCAGCGGAAAGCCAUGUAAAGCAAUUUAUAAUGGAAACAUUACAGGGGCAGAGGACUCCCUCCACUUUGACUGUCAGUAUACCUUCAAGGCUAAUCAAGUGACAGAGGUUGAUGGCGAAUUAGCCUCCAUCCUAACCCAAUCCAGAUAUGCGCAGGCCUUCACUUUCCAGCCACUAAGAAAGUCUUGUGAACCUUGUGAAGUCAAACCUAAGGCAGGCUCUGGGGAUCCUUUUGAGCUUGCUGUGCAGCUGCAGAAACAGAGUGCAGGCUCAGCCACAGGGGGAUGCUGCAGUACGCAGUCUGGAACCUGCUGCAAGUGAUUCUGGGAAAAGACCACUGCUGCAAUUUUCCGAAUCUUAGCAUCAUAAUGUAAUCACGCUGUAGUAUAACAGUAGUUUGAAUGUCACAAAUUCUUGUUUUUCUGUAUGUGAGCUAACAAAAUAGAUGUCCAAUUUCCGGGGUGAAGGAGUAAAUCCAGUGUGGUAAAACCUGUUAAAUUGGUUAGAAGUGAUUUGGAACACAGGACAUUUUAGAAUAACAUUGUAGAAUUUCCGAGGUAUUCUCUGAAAACUGUAUGUUGUUAAAACAUUAAGACAUCUUUGUACUACUACAGCAUGAGUAAUUCAGACUUGUUUAAUAUAUAUUAAUAGAGUGCUCAUCAUUUAACAAACAAUUUACUUUAUUAAUUUAACUAGCGAAUUGUGUAUUUUUUUGUACUGCCUCUUCAAUUUUUAUAAUAACUUGCAUCGUUGCUUUUGUUCUCAAUUUCAAUGUUUUUCAACAGUGUCCAAAUCAAUUUGUCUAUCACAUUAAUUUUGAUUUGUCAGCGUAAUAUGAAAAUAAAUGCUUUUGAUUUUG